AUGGAGCUUAAAGAAAUACAACGUACUCGCUCAAGUGAACCAAACACUGCACAAUCGGCAACAACCGAGGACCUAUCAGUGUUAAGUCGAUUUCAGGAUCUAACUCUAUUCGUCGAAAAACCCACUAAGCAGGAAUCGUUUACGUCCGAUGUUGCGAAAAAGGUUGCGGAGCAACAGCACCAGCAGGAACAUGUGCUUGACCUGACCGGUUACCGAAAACUGCGUUCAGUAGGUCAAGGUUCGUUUGGUGUCGCUAUCCUGUACGAGCGACAGUCCGAUGGCCAACAGGUGGUCAUGAAACAGAUAGCCCUCAGCAAUCUUGCUAAACCAGAACGAGAGAUGGCCAUGAACGAGGUGGAGGUGUUCUCGAAGCUUCACCAUCCCAACAUCAUAGCCUACCUUGGCUCGUCCGUGCGCGGUGAUCUGCUGUUGAUCGAAAUGGAGUACGCAGACGGUGGAACAGUCGCGCAGAUGCUAGCCGAACGCAACCAAAGCGAACCACUGCCAGAACGGUUCGUGUUGAACAUGUUCGAACAGCUGACCAGUGCCAUAAGCUACAUACAUUCGCAGAACAUUCUGCACCGCGAUCUGAAAACCGCCAACGUGUUUUUGCAUGGCAAGGGCACGGUAAAGGUUGGUGACUUUGGUAUCUCCAAGAUCAUGAACACCAACGUGCAUGCACAAACAGUGCUGGGUACUCCAUACUAUUUUAGUCCAGAAAUGUGCGAAGGAAAGGAGUACAAUGAGAAGAGUGACGUUUGGGCCCUGGGCUGCAUUCUCGGGGAAAUGUGCUGCCUGAAGAAAGCAUUCACGGCUACAAACCUUUCCGAGCUAGUUGGCAAAAUCAUGAAGGCCGAGUAUGUUCCUCUUCCCAGCAACUAUUCGGAAUCCUUGGGCCACGUUCUGGGAUUAAUGUUUAAAAUCGAUCCAAUCGCACGGCCCUCUGCUUCGGAGUUGUUACAGUAUUGGGUUCCGUUCAUCUAUAGGAACCUGGGAUCUGUGGAAGGUUUUCAGUACGAAAGCCAUUCUUCGAAUACAAAUAAAACCGAACCGUUGGCUAUUAAACUACAGAAUAGAAAUUCGUUGGUGGAUGACAAUCCCAGCUCAGCAGUUUACGGAGAAGGAUCAACAGCUUUGUUGAAAACGGAUGUAAACCAAACCCCAUCGAUCGUUCGUACCGUCCUCUAUCAAUUGCUUUCAUUCGGUACGUCCUCUUCAUUGGCCCCUUUGCAUCUACCGGCUACGAUAAACAUUAGGCAGAUAGCAACACGUGGUCAGCAUUUUGUGGCCGUUCUGGAAGAUGGUUCGGUGUACAGUUGGGGAGAAGGAGACAAGGGACAGCUGGGCCAUGACGCACUCGAAACAUGGCAUCACAUUCCCAUGAGAAUUCAUACAAUCAAGCAUCGAAAAGUAGUUAGUGCUGCAGUCGGUGACGGGUUUACCGUUCUUUGCACUGCUUCCGGCAUGCUGCUGGCCUGUGGCGAUAAUAGCUACGGUUGUCUUGGGCAAGGCAAUAAGGUGUCACUGCUGGUACCGAAACAAAUAGGCAAACUGGAGCACGUUCCCAUCGUACAGGUGGCCAGCGGUACCACGCACGUUCUGGCCCUCACCGAAGGGGGCAUCGUGUACAGCUGGGGCAGCAGCAGCAACGGUGCAUUGGCGCUUGGCAAGCGCAUUCACGUGGCCCUAGAACCGGAACGUAUCAUUUUGCCACAGUUGGUUCAGAACGUCCGAGAGGUAUAUGCAGGACCGGAUUGUACCGUUCUCAUCACGCGGCAAGGAGACUGCUACUGCUGUGGAAGUAAUGCUGGCAAUCGGCUUGGACUUGGUAGAAAAGUUUCUGGCACCGCCACAUUAAGCCCGAUCCAGCUCGAUACCACACGAUCGAAAAUAAUCGCUGUCAGUGUGGCGGAUACGCAUGCAGCAUUUCUCCUCGAAGGUGGGUUUUUAAUUACGCUUGGCGAUAAUACCAGCGGACAGCGUGGUGCUGGACAUAAAUGUGAACUGUUACAACCGUCGAUCGUUCGUGAACUGCAAUCACGAUACGUUUUGAACGUGAAAUGUAGCCAAACAUACACUGUUGCAACUACAGACGAUAAUUGUGUCGUACUCUGGGGAACGCGCAUUGGUACACCGGAAGGCAAUGAGGAUUCCUGUGGAUCAAUUGGAAAAAACAAUAACGGCCAGAGACCUUCCUUGACAACGGUUGCCAACAGUACGACGGCGCUAGCAAACAUCUUAACCUCUCUCUAUAAACACGAGACCAUACUAGAUCCUAUCGACGUACUAGCACUGUACUCCUCCCAGCAACAGCAAAGCGUAGGAUCAUACGUAAAGCUGCUAGAUGUGCAUCCUUUACAACAUAGCAUUCUGGUGCUGGUUGAAACCAACUGCCCCUUAACGUAG